CUUGCGCUGUGCAAAAGCUUGCAAGAAGGCGAGAAGGAAGAAGGCGGGUUGGCGGCAGGAGCAGCAACAGCAGGAGCAGGAGGGCCGGGAAGUGGCCGUUCACAGGACUCUGGUCGGGCGUCGGGAAGAUGAGCGCCACCAAGGAGUCCAAACCCGAGCACGGCCACGGCGUGAAGCGGGCGGCCUCCCCUGAUCUCGGAGCUGGUAGCUGGGAGGCAGCUGACUUGGGUAAUGAAGAAAGGAAACAAAAGUUCCUAAGGUUGAUGGGUGCUGGGAAGAAAGAACACACUGGGCGCCUUGUUAUUGGAGACCAUCGAUCAACUUCUCAUUUUAGAACAGGGGAAGAAGAUAAGAAAAUGAAUGAUGAGCUGGAGACUCAGUUUCAGCAAAGUAUGGAUAGCACCAUGUCAGGAAGGAACCGGCGGCAUUGUGGACUUGGUUUCAGUGAGUUGGAGGAAGAGAGAGGAGCAGCACCAGAGGAGGAGGAGGAGGAGGAGGAGGAGGCGGAAGACUCCCCAGGAUCAGAAAGCUCAGAAGACUCCGAAAGCGAUUCUGACUCCGAGCAAGACGAAGUUGCUGAAGAUCCGCCAUCUGCAGAAAAACACAGCAACUCUGAGGACCCGCAAGCCAAGAAAGAUGCCAAAAGCAGCUAUAAAAUGAUGUUUGUUAAAUCCAGUGGCACUUAGCUGCAGAAUGUAGGCAGAGUAAGCCUUCUUGUUACAGUGCAAAGUCUUGGACUGCUUACGGCACAGAUCUUCCCUUGGUGGUUUUAAUAAGGCCUUUUAGAGAAAGGGGUGUUUGCAUUUGCAGCACCACACCAAGAAGCUAUUUUUCUCAGCAUGACUGCCCAUUUUGUUUUGUAAGAUAUGAAAAUAAAAUUGAGUGGGGGAUGUACUUAGUUCUCAACCUGCCUUUAGAUUCUACUUCUUCUCUCUUCAUGUUCCAUGAAGGCUAUUAAAUUUUUCUUAAGUUUGUUAAAUGACUUACUGAAACGGCAUUUAAUGUCUUUAUGGGUGCUUUAUUUUUUAAAGCAGUUUUUGCUGGGGUUUUGGAUGGUAUAAUUAUUAAAAAGUAAGGACGGGACCUUCAUGUGUCUUGCUUAUCAUCCAAAAGAAACAGUAUUUUAAAAUACGUGCUGCAUUACAUUUUGCAAUGCUAAACUUCUGUUGGAUGCAUGUGUAUUGAAGAGCUGAUUUCAGAAUUAUGUCUAGAUAAGGAAUGGCAGAGCAGCCAUUUAAUGAAGAGAGGAAUCUCUUCAAAAGGCAUUAUGGGUAAAUUGUGUUAUGCCUAUACAGAAACCCUAAAUAGGUAUAUCUUAAUAAAGAAAAAAAAUAACAAAAUAAGUUGAUUUUCUUUUCACUCUUGAAAAGAAAACCUUAAGUAUUGUCUUGUAAGUUAACCCAGUUUUCUCAGAAUUCAUUAAUUUAUUCAUUGAAAUCCAUUGAGUUUAGUAUGGUUUAGCCAAAUAAACCAUAACAAAGUGUAUGUACUGGAGUAUAUGCCUGUGUGUGUGUGUGUGGAUUAGUUUGAUUACAAUUUCCUCCAAACUGGAGCUCUUCAAAUAUUGUGAGGUUGUUAUAUAUCUAAAAGACAUUGGGUCGAAGAAGCUAGGCUACAACAUUUGUACUCCCUUUACUAUGAUUUACGUAGUAAAUAUAUUUUUGCAUUCUA